AUGACCGGAUCCAGACUAGAAGAUAGACAGAGCGAGGAGCGUCUUAUAUCAAGUUUUGAUGAGGAAAACUUCCUCAAAGACAAUAGGAGUCCCGGGGCGAGAAGGUCACGAUGGUGCCAGUAUCAACCCAACGGGACUCUGAUUCUAUCUGUGUGGACAUUAUUUCUGUUCAUAGCUUCUGCCUACCUUUGGUCAACAAUAGCUCGUCAUCGAAAGACCGUUGCCGCUUGUCAAAGCGAUGACUUCCUACCCAUUGACUCGCCAGCCUUAGAGGCGGUCAAGAAUACGGGUCAUAUCGAGAAGUUUGACGGCAGCUUUGCAAAGCCCAAUGCUUUCAAGGGACCUCCAAGUCCUGCCAUUGAUGCUGCCUGGGACGAUAUCACUUAUGCUUCUGGUGGUGUUAUCAAUGUUGAUGAGCAAACACUUCGGCAUAUCAAUGCGUCCGAAUACUCAGUUGGACUGGCUGACGAGCUUGGCGGCGGUUACAUGGGCUCGGUGGAAGUUUUGCAUCAGCUACAUUGUCUGAAUAUGCUCCGCCAAGCUAGCUACGAGGAUUAUUACAAGGACAAGCCGGGUCCGUGGGAGGAUAGCCCGCAGAUUCUACGGCAUCAUCUUGAUCAUUGCAUUGAUAUCCUACGACAGAAGUUAAUGUGUGAUGCGGACGUUGGUAUUCUGACAUAUGUCUGGGUGAAGGGGCAUAAAGACCCAUUUCCAGACUUCAAUGUGUAUGAAGAAAAUCCCUCCAUCCCCUUCUCAACAACACAUGUAGCAUUCUUCAAGGGUCCAGAACUUGCAAGUACAAGGCUGACCUUACGUGACAUUCGCAGGCACCAUAAAUGUCGUGAUUUCCGUGCGGUGAAGCAAUGGGUCGGGCAGCAUCAACUCUACGCAACACCCGAACAUGGCAUUGAGCGCCUACCUGGUGCGAAGGAGAUGCCUAGUACACCGUAG